UUUCCCUCCAAAAACAUUAAUCCCUUUCUUUAUUCUCACUUUCUGUGCCCUAAUAAUAAAUCAAUUUUAGGGUUUUCUUUCUCCAUCGAUCAUUCCAAUGGCAAAUCACGAAGAUUCUCAAGAUUUCAAUCACUGCGAUACUCAACCAUUCGAUUCUUCUUCUCAACACUCAAGUGAAUCAGAUGAUGAUGAUGAUGAUAAAGAAAAUCGUUACUUUGAAGAUACGGUGCCGUUUGAUGACGAGUUGGAAAUUCAAGCGGUGGAUCUUGCUGAUGAUACUGAAGUGUUGGAUAUUGCCGAUGAUACUGAAGUGUUGGAUAUUGGUGACGAAACUCAAAAGUUGGAUGAUUUUGAUACGCAGUUAUUGGAUGAAGGGUAUGAAUCUGAUGGAACUGAAAUUUUGGAGGAUGUUGAUGAUGAUGGUGUUGAUGAUCUUCAGCGUUGGCAGAGUGGUCAAUCUGCGGAUUGCGAGGAAGUUGUGGGUCGUUUGAUUAACGAGCGUGGUGAUGACGAGAAACAGACUAGUUCUGGUUCAGUGCCACCGCGGUUUACAUUUCUUCGUGCAGAAUCUAUGCGGGAAGCUGCUUUAGCUAAGCGCAAUAUGGAUUUGAAACAUACCGAAGAACAGUCCAAUUCUAUCACGAAUAUGGAUCAGUUUUGUCAGGAACCACUGGCUGUAAAUAAUAGAGAGUCCGUUCUUGGAUGUUCUGAGAAGGUUAGGGAAAUUGAUCAGGAAUUCAAUCAUGGGAAAAACAAUGUGGAAAUUGAGAGAUCUGAGAAUGAAAGUAUGCCUAACUUUGCUAGAACAACAGUGAGAAGACUUUCCUAUGAUGAUUUACCUGUUGAAACAAAUGCACCUCCUCUCAGCAAUAAUGAUUUCAACGAAGGAGAUUGCUUGGACAAGUUUCCCGACUACCAUGGAGAAUUGGAAAGGUUAAGCUAUGUUAACUCUCAAGAACCCGGAGAAUUAUCACAGAUCAAUGCUCUUGAUUGUGUGGAUAGGUUUCUCCAAUGUAAUCUUAUGGAGGUUACUGAAGAAACUAUUUAUGUUAAGAAUAUGGAAAAAAAGUCAGAAUCCCUUCCCUGCAUAAAAGGAGAACUAAGUUUGUCCAAGAAAAUUAAUGAUAGAAGCAAAGCUAAACAAACUAGGAUUUAUGACUGGGAUGAUGACUGCGAGGAUGAAGGCGGGGGAGAUAUAUACCAAAGAAGAAAGAGAGAUUUCUUUGUUGGUGGAACUCAGAGGCCAAGAUCCUUACCAGGAUGCCGGAAGAUCAAAUCACGCCGACCAAAAGGUGACAAGGAAGAUGAAGAACAACCAAGUAUCCCUAUGAAAAAGAAGACUGCAGCUCACUCUGAAUCAAGACUGGGGAUGCAUAAUCUGAAAAUAAGGGAUGAUAAUAUAAAAGAAGGAAGAAGAAAAUUGGCAAGGAAUAUUGCUAAUGAAUUGGAUGAACAAUCUAACGCCAAUUGCUCCAGAGGAGAGAUGGGACCUAAUGGUAAUGAAGAUGGACAGGAAAUGUUGGAUGUAGGUAUAGAUACUCAAAUAGCUGCUGAAGCUAUGGAAGCCUUAUUCAACACUGUUGAGGUUGUUGAUCAUGUUGCCAAUGAUACCACUCGUGUUACUAGAAGCAGGUCAGCUUAUCAACUCAAUAACUCUUCCACUGGAAAAACAGGGCCAGUUAAACCAAAGGAACAUGCAGGAAAGUAUGACAAGAAAAGGAAAUUUGAUGUUAAAUCAGAUUUGCAAGCUUCAGGUUUAUCAAAGAAAUGUACAAAAAGGGUUGGACAGUGUGAAAAUGGCAAUGUGAUAAACAAAUCAAAGAAGAGUAAGCUAAAUGCAGAAGGUAACCAAACCUCUGGUGCCCGAAGAAUAGUCUCGUCUCCAAUAGGUUACCGAAGAAAGUCAGCGGAAGCUUUAAAAAGACAUCAGCUUGAUGAGUUAAAUAAUCUCAAAUCUAAUGAUGGAAGGAGUACCGUUAAUGAAGAGCAAUUUCAGGGUAACGUUUUUCAUUGUACACCAAUUGCUCGUAGAACUAGACGGUCCUUAGCAGUGAACGAAUCGAUAAAAAGUGAUAUAUCAUGUAAACGUUUGAGAGAAGGGGCAAUGGGGACCGACCCCCAUGAGAAAAGUAGUGGAGUUGGUCUACAAGCGUCCAAAGGGUUGGGUCCUAAAUCUACUUCGGGGUCUUCUGAUCACUUUGCAGUAGAUAAUACUACUGAAGUGUGUCAACAGGAGAAACUUGCUUCAAAGGAGAAUGUUGUCAGUGUUAGUAGUGGUGUUACUGUGGAUACAUUCAAUUAUCCUAGAAGAAGGAGAUCUCUUAGGAUUAUGAAGAUUUCUAAUCAUGAUGAAGGAUCUGAGAAUUUAGUUGGUUCAUCUAAGUCAUUGAAGCAAACAGAAGAUACUGGGAAAGGUUCAUCUAAGUCAUUCGAGCAAACUGAAGAUAUUGGGAAAUCUACUACUGGGAAGAGAAAAAUGAGGACACGUUCUGUUGUCAAAUCACAUGCGAAUAACCACAGUCCUUCAUCUUCAUCUGGUGGUUUGGUAGUACCUUCUGAUGAUCAAAUGCAAAAAAAGCCUUCGAAAUCGAAUUUGAAUUCAAAUAUUAAGAAUAGCACAGAUGUCUUGUUGUCCACCAAAAAUUUGGAGGUUACCAUUCCAGAUGAAUCGCCAAGAGAUGGGUACAAGUCACCUGACAUGGCUACCACAUCUCCAGCUAACUUCAAGACACCAGUGAAGAACGCAUCACCUGUUUGUAUGGGCGAUGAUUAUUUUAAGCAAUCAUGCAAUAAAAAUCUUUCAAGAUCAUGCCUUCUCAAAGUAUAUCGUAAGGAUCUUCAUAGAGAACUUUGUAGCUUAAGUACCAUUAGACCUGAAUUAAUUACUCCCUCUAAGGAUUCAAGGAAGAGGAAGGAUAUGACUGAUGUUCGAGUUCUUUACAGCCGCCACUUGGAUGAAGAUAUUAUUAAGCAUCAGAAAAAGAUACUGGCACGACUUGGAGUUUCUGUAGCAUCAUCAAUUGCAGAUGCAACUCAUUUCAUAACUGAUCAAUUUGUGCGUACACGGAAUAUGUUAGAAGCUAUUGCUUUUGGCAAACCGGUUGUCACACACUUAUGGAUUGAGAGCUGUGGACAAGCUAACUGUUUUAUUGAUGAGAGAAAUUACAUAUUGAGGGAUGCCAAAAAAGAAAAGGAGUUUGGUUUCAGCAUGCCAGUCUCACUAGCACGGGCAUCUCAGCAUCCGCUUUUAGAGGGUCGAAGAGUAUUGAUCACCCCAAAUACUAAACCCAGUAAAGAGAUAAUUUCAUGUUUAGUAAUGGCAGUUCAUGGCCAGGCAAUGGAGAGAGUUAGCAGAUCUGCUAUGAAGGACCAUAAAAUUCCAGAUGAUCUUCUGAUCCUAUCUUGUGAAGAAGAUUAUUCCUCUUGUGUGCCUUUUCUUGAAAAGGGGGCAGUGGUGUACAGUUCAGAAUUAUUGUUGAAUGGCAUAGUUACUCAGAAGCUGGAGUACGAAAGGCAUCGUCUUUUUGUAGACAACGUGAAGAAAACCCGUUCCACCAUAUGGUUGAAAAGAGAUGACAAAUUUACUCCUGUGACUAAAUGCAAUUAGAGUUGUUUAUUUCUUCUCUCAAUUUUGCUCAUGAUUAUUUAUAGUUUAGAUCAUAUGUAGAUAUUUCCUGGUCAUGUCCAGACUUUUUUUUUUCUUCUGUAUAUUUGUCAUGGAGAACAAUGUGAAAUAUGUUGUUACCGUCUUUUCUUUUAUUUAUUUUGCAUCAUUCUACAAUUCUUUUGUAAUAAUUGAACUGUGUUGCUAAUAUAUAAUAAGAGCAAGAAAUAUGAUCCCAGUGUUAGC